AUGACGAGCAGCCCAACGACCAGCUUGCCACCUGCUGCGUGUGACUAUUAUGAACCACAUGACAUGGAGGAGGAUGCUGAUGCUGUCAGUCUUGCUGCAAGCAGUGCGGCGACAUCAGUCAUGGAAGUUGUGGAUGGAAAGGUUGAAGAGCCGGAGAGUCCGGGACCGUGCUUGGUGGUGGCUCCAGCUCAGCAGUCCAUGGCAGGAGACACAAGCGACUCAGAGUCGGAUGGGGAAGCUCCCUUGCAGCGUCCUGCCACAGGUGACGACAACGAGGAUGAUGAGGCCUGUGUCCAGAAGACUUGGCACAGGGGUGUCAAUUGUGGCUCGUGGGUUGGCACUUUGGGCUCUGCAUGUCUGCAAGCUCAAAGUCAAGUGCUUGUGGCAAAUGUGGUGGCCAAUGUGCAAGCCUGUGAGAAGAAAACAAUGAAGCACGUGUUGUCGCAGAUUCGACCUGGAUGUUCUGUGAGUGGCCAAAAGGUGUCUUUUCCUAUCUUUGCAGCCAGCCGGUUUCUUGGUCUGGGCGCGUAUACCGUGCGCAAUGUGUGGGAGAAGCUGCAGAGGAGCCAGUGGCAGCCCCAGUCCAGCUACGGCGGUCGACAACCGAGACGUGCCUCGAGUACUGAAGAGGUGCCUGCGACAGGUGGAGACCCUUCAGAGAAUGUUGAAGACGAUCACGUGCCUGAGAAAGUGCGGGCCAUGGAGAAUGUGUGCCUGCUUGCCAUUUCCUGUGCAGUUGAAGGUCAAAGUGGCUGGGCUUAUGAGCGCCAAGCCGCUCGCUGGAAGGAAGCCGGCGUGCACAUUGGCACCGCGUUACACAGCAGACGAUUUUUCCGGGAGGUGACUCACGUGGCUUCAUUAGUCCUGUCCCAGCUUGAAGGCCUCCAAUGGUCUGUGCCUGUGUUAAGCACCGGGUGCCCUUCAGACUUUGCCCUCAUGCUUGAUCCAGUGUCUUUGGGUUCUGGCUUCAGUGCGAAGCACGAGACGGUUCUCAUGGUGACUAUGAUGCUAGUGAACAGCACUGGAAACCUCAUGGUGCCUAUGUGUGCCUCCCCCACCCUUGGAAUAGGUGAUCACAGAGGGGAUAAGUUGGUCGACCUGACUUUGAAGUGUCUGGAAGAUCAUCCAGGUGUCUUCGAUAGAGAGACCCUGAGGGCCCGACUGAGCCUGGUGGCUGGAGAUGGCGGAAUCGUGGCUGGUGGAAAGCAGCACCGCCACAAAUCAACAGGUGCGGCUGAGAAGCUGUGGAAACGCAUCCACGGUGACUCGGAGUCAGCAAUGGAUUGUGUUGACUGGGAUGCUUUUCACAGAGAUGACAUCAGCUUCAGCCGGGCAGUUGCGAGAACGCAGGCUGCCGCCGAGCUUUUUGCUCUUGCGAAAGAUUUGGACCAUCUCUUCAACUAUGGCGAUGGCAGGAUUAUUUUUCGAUCCUUGCAAAAAGAGCUCGACGUGGCUAGUGGUCAGGUGCGACAGACUGGUGGAACACGAAAGGUUGGUGCCUUGUCCUUGGUGCCUGAAAGCAUACUGCAGCACCUGAAAAGGAUAACCGUGGGUCUACGACUUCGUUACGAGUGGCGCAAAGAGGGCCAUGGUAACUUUACUUUGGAUCGCCUUACUCAAAUCUCAAGACGACUGCUCGAUCCUGCAUUUCUUACCUUCACCAUGCUUAUGAGUGAUGUAACGCGUGGCCCGGUCCGGCACCAUGCCUUGCUUGUGCAAGGUGCAUUGGAGCCAUGGGCUUGCAAACGUGCAGACAGUGCAUAUGUCGACGAACUUAGUGCCUGUUUGCGUGGCUAUGAGUGGUUGGAGACGUGUGUUCAAGUCACGACCUUGCUGGCUCAGCACUGUUCUUUGGCAGAGAGAGCUUGUUUCCUGGUUGCCUGGAGCUCUGAGAAGAAGCAUCGAAUGUACACAGGGACUUUUUUGAAGUUCGCUGCCAAAAUUCUGCUUCAGAUACCACCUUCUGUGGCUGAUGUGGAGCUUGCGGUGGAGUUGCCUGAGCAGUACACCAAAGGCCGUGCCGCAGGACCCCAUUGCCAGUGCCCUGGAGAAUUGCUUUCCUUGAAGAGCCGGGGCAAGGUCCCUUCUGUGAGACUUUGCAACUGGACAGUGCAUGAAAAGCGAAAGUGUGGUCGCAAGUGCAGCAAGCUGUGCGGGAAGGUCCUUCGAGUGCCUUUUUGGGUAGCCCAGUCCUCCAACACGAAAGAUGGUGCUUUGACAGAGAACGUUCCGACAGCCAUGUACCAUUAUGUCCUCAAAGUACUUGAUGGAAUCCGUCUGGCAAGAGGAUUUGUUGAACGCUUGCAGAAUGAAUUUCAGGAAAUUAUUGGCACCGUGGGUGUUAAUGACGAGAUGAUGUUGCUGGUGGAGAAGAUGCAAUCUUGCUUCGCAUGGCAGCGAUUGGUGACUUCACCUCCAUCCCAGACGGAUUGUGAAAGCUUCCUGACUGUUUGGCAACUGCUGGAGCCAUUUUUGGCUAAGUGUCUGUGGCCUGAUCCGCAGGCAUAUCCGUUGCGUAGCUUGAGCUGGGAUUUGGCGGUUAAAGAGAAGGACCGUCAGUAUAGACUGUUCUGCAAGCGAGUGCGGCUAAUUGCUGCUGCGUCCCAGGGAACAGAAAUCAGCUCGGCAGUGCCUGAAGACGUGGCUGCAGAAGCAGCUGGAUGGUGGGAGACAUCAACAUAUGUCGUGCGUCCAGUGUGGGUGCUAGGUUGGGUCAAGAUGUUCCUUCUGAAGAUGCUGCCCCCCAACACGAUCAGAAAGAUUCAGUGGGACAUUACAGACCGAGUGUCUCGAUUUUUGCUGGGUGACAUGCUGCCGGCUGCUGCUUGGUCCAGGCAUGAAGUUCCGGUGCCUGAGGUAUUGGAAGCCUUCAAGUAUGGGAGAAGAAAGAGAAAGAAGACGAUGACUCGGUCUUCAGGUGGCUUGCGGAGUUGGAAGGGGAAGGUGGUGCGAAUUGUUGACAUGCUGCGUCGAAUACGACCGGAACGUGUGUCUGCUACCAUUGAUUCUCAUCCGUGCCUGAUCUGUACUUCGCUGUUGGUUUCGUGCCUGAAGACGGUGCCCCCCUUGCUCGAGCUUCUGCGUGGCAUGCCGUCAGACUUCACCACAGAUGCCGCCUCCUCCGUGGGCCAGAAGCCGCGUGCGAGCGCUUGGGGUCAUUUGCCCACCAGCAAUGGAGGGCUGUUGCUGAGCGCAAAGAUGUCUCCGCUUCACCUUCGACCUGAUGGCAUGACUGAAAGUGGCCACGAUGCGGAGCUCUUCAACAUCCUGCAGGUGAAUGGGCUUGAAGUUGGAGAUGACAAGCUCAAGCUUUGGCAGUGUCUGCGGGCCUUCAGCGACUCCGGCACAGACAACCGGCUUCAUCGACAUUGCGUGUACAUGGACACUGACGCUGGCAAGAAGUGGCAGCAGGAAAGGGACUGGGACAUCAAAGGAGAUUGA